UGAAUUAGAAUGUGUUUGUAUUUGUAAAUGGUGAUAAACAUGGGCAAGAAUGACGUUCGUAGUUCUAUUAAAGUGGAGCAAGAAGUUGUAAUAUCAUGGUUUUAAUAUUUAUCCCAAAAAUAUUAGUUAGUUUAAUAAGUAAAUUCAUAUAAUUAUCCUAAUUAUCAACUUUAAGGUUAUUACACUACUCAAAGUAUUGUUAACUGUUGUGUUUACCAUUACAUGUCACACAUUAUACUCGAAUUGAACAAAAUAAAUAGCAAUAUGAGAUGAUCAGAUAUAUGUUUGAAUCUGAUUAACGAGGUUCUUCAACCGUUGCUUUGUCAGUUAUACGAGUAAUUUCUCUCGUAAGUGUUACAAAGGGAAAGAUGAGAGAUGAGAGAAUAAAUACUGCAUUCUAAGUGCCGCGGUCAGGUUGAGGGUCUUUCUCUUUCUUCGCGAAAGUCAAGAUCGCGUCAUUCUUUACGGUCAAUGAUCAACAACUAGUUCUCACUGGUGGUGAAGAGUUUUAUGAAUUGGUGCUCAAUAAAUCGAAUUAUUUGAUGGUGAAGACGGUGAUUAAUUGAAAAUCACAACAUUUCUGAAGAUAAAUUUAUAUCUUCAAUCAACAGAAAUUGAAGAAUUUUCAUCAAAAUGAAGCUCGAGGGUAACAGUUCAAGGGAUGAUGAUGCUAAUGGGAUUCUACUGCAGCCAAGGAAAACAUCGGUUGUACGAGUCCAGAUUAUGCCGAUUCAACCUAAAACUAUUACUCAUUUGCCAAAACGACCACCAGUUGAUAUUGCGUUCACGGAUUUAAUGUACAAAGUCCGAGAAGGCCGUAAAGGAAAUGAAAAAACUAUCCUCAAGUCCGUUAGUGGAAGACUACGGUCUGGCGAGCUGACGGCAAUUAUGGGUCCGUCUGGCGCUGGAAAAUCUACUCUCCUUAACAUCUUGACUGGAUACAAAACUACUGGGAUGGAAGGAAGCAUAACCAUGAAUGGUAUGGAGAGGAAUUUAAGUACCUUCAGAAAGUUAUCAGCUUAUAUUAUGCAGGACAAUCAACUUCAUGGAAAUCUUACUGUUGAAGAAGCUAUGAAAGUUGCUUCAAGCCUAAAACUUAGCAGUAAAGUCAGUAAAACUGAGAAAGAAGAAGUGAUUCAAGAGAUUCUCGAAACACUUGGUUUGGCAGAGCAUCGUCGAACGAUGACCUCAAAUCUGAGUGGCGGUCAAAAAAAAAGAUUGUCUAUAGCUUUGGAAUUGGUCAACAACCCUCCAAUAAUGUUUUUCGAUGAGCCCACGAGUGGUCUAGAUUCAUCGUCUUGUUUUCAAUGUAUUUCUCUUCUAAAAACCUUGGCCCGAGGUGGACGAACGAUAAUUUGUACAAUCCAUCAACCUAGUGCUCGACUUUUCGAAAUGUUCGAUGCUUUAUAUACUCUUGCCGAAGGACAAUGUGUCUAUCAAGGUUCUACAUCACAAUUAGUCCCAUUCCUCCGAUACCAAGGAUUAAAUUGUCCCAGUUACCACAAUCCUGCAUCCUUCAUUAUUGAAGUGUCUUGCGGAGAAUAUGGUGAAAAUGUAGGAAAAUUAGUAGCAGCAAUAAAGAACGGAAAAUACGAUAUUAGGGAGGGAUUUCCAUUCCCAGAAACAAAAGAAGAAAAUUUGAACAACACUAUCCAGGCUGUAAAUGGAAUAACAAAAAAUGUGGAUGAAAAAUAUGGCGUAAAUGAUGAAAUUAAAGAUAAGAAUGACGUCAGUAAUAUUAAAGAAAAAUAUACCGAAAACAAAGUUAAUGAAAGUCAUAAUAAUGGCGGAAUUAUUCCAAGUUAUGCAACGAAUGACAUUGCUAAGCACAACGAACUAGUGAUAACAUUAGAGGAAAAGAAAGAUAAUAUUGAUGUAAAUACAAGUUUAUUGGAUGAAUCGAUGAUUUUAACACCAGAAAGAUAUCCUACGUCAGAGCUGACUCAAUUUUGGGUCGUCCUCAAAAGGACUUUACUCUUCAGUCGUCGAGAUUGGACUUUGAUGUAUCUUCGAUUAUUUGCACAUAUUCUUGUUGGUUUAUUAAUUGGUGCUCUCUAUUAUGAUAUUGGUAAUGAUGGAGGCAAAGUGUUGAGUAAUUUAGGAUUCCUUUUCUUCAACAUGCUGUUCCUUAUGUACACAUCAAUGACCAUAACGAUUUUAUCAUUUCCAUUGGAAAUGCCAGUUUUGAUGAAGGAAAACUUUAAUCGGUGGUACUCAUUAAAGUCGUACUAUCUAGCGAUAACUAUCUCGGAUCUACCGUUUCAGACCGUGUUUUGUAUAAUGUACUUGGUAAUCGUGUACUUUUUAACAAGUCAACCGAUGGAUGCGAUGAGAUUCAGUAUGUUUGUUGGAGCUUGUCUACUCAUCUCAUUUGUUGCUCAAUCAGUAGGAUUAGUUGUUGGAGCAGCAAUGAAUGUCCAGAACGGAGUAUUCCUUGCCCCUGUCAUGUCUGUACCUUUUUUACUUUUCUCCGGAUUCUUUGUCAGCUUUGAUGCGAUACCUAUCUACUUAAGGUGGAUAACGUAUCUAAGCUAUAUCAGAUAUGGAUUUGAAGGUACUGCUCUAGCAACUUAUGGAUUUUCUCGAGCAAAACUAAAGUGCUUCCAGGCUUACUGUCAUUUCAAAGAACCAACUACAACACUUGAAGAACUGGAUAUGCUUGAUGCUGACUUUACUCUUGAUAUUCUGGCUCUCAUUUUAAUUUUCUUGGUAUUAAGAAUUGCAGCAUAUCUAUUUCUCCGUUGGAAACUCAAAUCCGCUCGAUAGAAAUUUAAAAAAAGAUAAAUAUUCAAUUUAACAUCGAUGAAAGAUGGUAAUAAGUGUCCAUUGAUGGCCUGACUGUUGUAAAUUUUUCAUUUAAAAAACUGAACAUGGAGAGUUCAGUAUAUUUGUAAGAUUGUCUUUAAUAUAGAAUAAUUUAUUAAAUUUUAAUUAUAGUUAAUAUAAUAAUUACAUUAAAAAAGGAAGAAGAAAAAAGCAAAUAAAAACAAGAUAAUUUUGUACUUGUUCUUGUGUAUUACGUUAAUAAAUAUGUGCUUUCCUUGUUUCUUUUUAUUCAAAGUUAUGCCUCAUAGACACAGAUCUAUUAUUAAAAAUACUAAUUGAUUGUCGUUAUUUGUCAAUUAGCGAUAAAAUAAUGUAACUACGGCUGUGAAGAUACUUAUAUUGUUAAAAAAAAAGUUUUAUAAAAGUAUGAUCUUGUCCUGGUAUAAUAAAAAUAAAAAGAAUACUUAAAUUAAUUUUCAAUAA